GAGAGAGAGAGAGAUAGGGAGAGAGAACGUUGAAGAGAGGCUGAGAACCGAAGACCUGUGACAACACUGCUGUGCUCGCGCUCAUUGAAGUAAUCAGUUUCAGGAACGGGCUCCACGAAAGAGUGUUUUUCGGUGGUAGCAGCAACCCCCCGCCCUACGAUAUCUACGGCAGACAGCAAUGGCGGUAGCAGCGGCCGACAUUGCUCCCAAGGCGUUCGAGCAAUUAGUCAAGGAAGGCGGAGAGCACCAGGAUGUGGAAGACGACCUACAGUUUGAUCUCCGGAAUCUGCUGGUGGUGAACCCUCACCAAGUGGACGAACAAGCGUUGGCGGACGACAGCGAGGAGUACCUCAAGGGGCAGGCCCAAGCCGCGGUGCAGUCGCUCAUCAAUAGGCUGUUCGUGCUGCCCACAGUCCCGUCGGAGGUGGGGCCUGUCGCGACACUUCCGGCAAAGGAGGAAUCCGCCCUUCCGAGAGCGAAACCGGUUCCGGCCCCCAAGGCGGAGACUCGAUGGGACCGGUUCGCGAAGGAGAAGGGCAUCACGGGCAGCAAGCGAUCGCGCAUGGUGUGGGACGACGAUCUGAAGGAGUGGAGGCCGCGUCACGGAUUCAAGCGGGCCAACGACGGUGUCCUCAACCACGCCAUCGUCGAGGUUAAGCCGGGCAAGGACCCCAUGGCUAACCCGUGGUCCGAGGCUCGUGCGGAGAAGAAGGGACGGGUGGAGAAAAACCUUGGCAACAGAGCGAAAAACGUUGAGCGUGCCGGAGGAGGAGCAAAGCCUGGUAUCCCGGUGGACCUCCUCCCUGGGGCUAAAGACGUGUCAGGAGGGGGCGGGGCUCCCGCGAAGCGAGGGAAGGCGAACACGAAGGCGGCGCUGGAGUUGGUACAGCAGUCGACGGCUUCGAUGGGGAAGUUCGACGAGAAGCGGCACGCAGAGCCGGAUCGAAGGAAAGGGAAGGGCGUGCGGCGGGCGUUCAAGCCGGUCACGGUCGGCGCUGGGGAGGAGACACAGGGCCAUCUUAAGAUCCUUAACUCGGUGAUGAUCGGCAAGUCCAAGAGUGCCGACAAGGACGGUACCGCUCGCAGCGCCAAGGAGUCCCUGGCGGCGUACGACGCGAUUGAGGGACCCCGCGACACCGGUGCGAAGCGCAAGAAGGGCAAGGGCGCCUCGGGGAAGGCCAAGAAGGUCACCAAGGGCAGGGCUAAGUAAUGAAAAGCGAACUACGCAAGGCGGCACAGAGUUAGUUUGACCAAAUCAGAAAGCCGCUGCGUGCCACCUUUCCUUUUCUCUGCGAGAUUUUUUGCCAAUGAGAAAUCUUUUUCCUGGGGGGUAUUUUUAUUUUUUUUCUCCCAUCAUUGGACUCUGUCGUCUGCCCCACUGGCCCCUAUCCUCCACGUCUACCCCGCUAGACGACCCAACCGGGGUCACACAGGAGGGGGGGGUUGGACCCCCUCCUGCGGUUCCUGCCUGAGGUAUUUUUAUCGCGAGAAGGGUACAGCAAUCCCUUCCCUCCCGACUUACGAAGUCGAUUAUGGUUUUCUAACAACGAGCUUUGCAGCGCGUCGCUUGUAUCCUAGGCCACGAUUCAUUUAGUGAGAAAAAUGUGUUUAUGGGCGAGAUUCUCCUGGGGUGCGAGUUACCGGAAGAGGGAAGCUGGGCGGAGGGAGCGGGGGGACCCAGCAGAAGCAAGCUUUCAAACAAGCCUGUGUACAGGAUCCGGAAGUGACUGGGGGACCUGAGGUUCGUUGCCAUGUCGAUGAAUGCUGCGUCUAUGCUGUAGCACCGGGCGACGCGAGGGGGUCUUGUGGUUAAGAGGGCGAUUUAUCUUGAGGCUUAGUGGUGUGACCUGUCUUGAGGCUUAGUGGUAUAACCUUGUUCUUCGGUCAACAACCAACCACUCUCGAGUGUGGCUUGGGUGGCACCUUCGCAGGCCACGGGCGGCGCGUGCUCUGGAGGUGGGGGGGGGCGGAGGGCGGCGCACUCACGUUUUGCAUGCCUUACGAGUGAGACCAUUGGCUAGACGUCUUCGAGAGGAAACGGAGCAUUGUUCCCACAAGACCGGUCACCGCUGGCCAAUCAUUCCUUCCUAUUUUGCCAAAGGCGGCUCAAAAAGAUGUUUCUAUGCUUGAGGGGGGAGGGAGGAGCGGGGGCAUGCAGCACGCUCUCCUUUUCUCCCUGUCGUUGCCUUUGGUCCAUUGGCUGAGUAAGCGCUACAGCUUGGGAUGAUGUGUCGUCCGGGGUUGGGGGUUGUUGGGGGCGAGGUGGCGGUUUCUGGCUUUCAGGCCCGCUUAAGGCAUCAGCAAUGAGUGAAGAACAGCAAGAGGCGUUUUUCUCCUUGCCCGAAUCCAUUCCCAAGAUAUUUUUGCGCACAUGAUGAUGUUCCCAAAAGUAUAGUCGGACCACACGGCUGUAACCAAAACCUACUCAACUCGUACGAAUUGUGGAGUGAAUGCGUGUUGUGUCGAAACCGCUCUGUUUGUACGGCGAGAUUCUCCUGGUAGGGGU